GGUGUCGUUGUCAUUGUCGCUGUCGCUGUCCCCUCUCGGCGCCUGAGGAGCCGCCUGCGCCGCCCGCCCUGCUCCCCGUGCUCCGCCCGCCGCGCUCGGCGCCGCCGCCAAGAUGAUGGAGGAGAUAGACCGGUUCCAGGUGCCCGCCGUGCGCGCCGAGAUGCAGCCGCUGGAUCCAACAGCUGCAGCUAUUUCGGACAGAGAUUGUGAUACGAGAGAGGGAGAGACUGUAGCCAUGAACUAUAAGCCAUCUCCACUUCAAGUGAAAUUAGAGAAGCAGAGGGAGCUGGCUCGGAAGGGGUCCCUGAAGAAUGGCAACAUGGGAAGCCCAGUUAAUCAGCAGCCCAAGAAGAACAACGUGAUGGCGCGAACAAGGCUCGUCGUUCCCAACAAGGGCUACUCGUCGCUAGACCAGAGUCCAGAUGAAAAGCCCCUGGUAGCCCUGGAUACAGACAGUGAUGAUGACUUCGAUAUGUCCAGAUAUUCCUCCUCGGGAUACUCAUCAGCUGAGCAGAUCAACCAAGACUUGAACAUCCAGCUGCUAAAGGAUGGGUACCGGUUAGAUGAGAUCCCGGAUGACGAGGACCUCGACCUAAUCCCCCCUAAAUCUGUCAACCCCACCUGCAUGUGUUGCCAAGCCACCUCCUCCACCGCCUGUCACAUCCAGUAGUGAGGCCGGCAGGCUGUGAUCAGUGCUUUCCACUAUAACUGUAAAACUUAACAGCCAUUGCUUCCUCCUAUGGUAGGACGUGCACCUCUUUGUGUUCAUGGAGCCAGGAGAAACCAAAAAAUUCAUUUUAUGAUUGGUUGAUAACUUAUUUUAAACUAUGGUAAAACAAAAGAGAAGUUGCUCAAUGUGCCAGGCAGUGCCUGGCAGAGCUGACUAGUCUGGAGAGCGAAUGCAGAGGGGUCCAGAGAUACCUCCUUGGUUUGUUUAGGCACUGGGGAUAUUUUGUAAAGUGUCUUUUUCCAGAAUGGGAAAGGUCAGAUGGGACUUCAGGUAAUCCUGCCCACUGAAACCGAUCCAUUUGAAAGAUUAGGGCAAGUAGGAGGUAUCAAAGUGUUUUACCAAUGAGAGGAAGUCAGUUCUUAAUUCAUUCACUAAACCUGUUUCAUUCGCAUAACCAAAACAAUAUUAUAACUGGGGCACAGGAAUGGGGACGGACCAGGGCAUCCUUUCUUAUGGCAAGGCUAGCCAGGACUAGCAUGACACAAUUCAUUCACCUGCAAAAGGGACAAGUAGCUGACAUCUCACUGUGAGUCAGUACUAGCUAGAGCUGUUGUGUCACUUAGCCAAUGCAAUCUACCCUUAGCGCCACAUUAAAUUACCACCAAACACAUCAGGUUCAAUCUGCAAUCCACUCAUGCACUUCAAGGACUUGCUUAUUGCCCAGGAAUACCAACCACACUUGUGACUUCAGUUCAGUCACGUAUUCUGACUUCAGCCUGUAUUUAAUCCCUGUGCAAUCCAUCUCUUUCCAAAAAUCUUAAAUUUUGUUCAACUGAGAAGAAAUUAAUCCUGCAUGAGUCAGGACUUGAGAUGUGCUGAACAACAGUGCUGGAAAAGCUAGUUGAAGACAGCACAUUUUAAGAGUGCUUGACUCUUGAUAUUCUCUUGACACUGUGUCUCUGGGUGCUUGUGGGAGAAACUCAUUAAUGCUGAAGUCAUCAGUAUGGUGGGGUCAGACUUGAGAGGAAUUUUCAGCAGCAGCAGAGUUAUGAACAGCUUCAGCUGAAAGAUGCCCAUGAGAGGAAACUGCUGUUCACACCCUGUCUGCCCCAUUGUGAGCCAGACAUGGUACCAGGUCAGGAGCAGUUGGUGCUGCAAAAUUAGGAAACCUGUUACAUUAGGUUGCUGGUCUGAGCUCCCAGCUCACCAGCAGAUUGUUUUGAAUGCAGAAUCACUUCUGGAAUUAGGAAACAUGUCCUCUCCCUGACUGCAGCAUAUGCAAGGGAUGGGCUGGCAUUUUUCUUGGUGUUGAAAUCUUUUGCCACAGGCACAAUUCUUGUGUUUCCCUGGCCUUUCAGGAGGAAGGACCACCUGCCUUGGGUCAUCACCUGCUUUGUAGGCUAGGAAAGGAAAAAAAAUUAGGGCAGUUCUGAGCUUCCCAUCAGAAUUCCUGAGUCACAAAGCAGAGCCUGAGCUGCACCACAACAGAUGGAUUCCCCAUCUGAAAUCUAUAUGAAGUGAGCUGAGUCUUUAAGAAGUCUUAAUUAGUAGGAGAUUUUUUUAACAUCCUGGAGAUUUACUCUGUGCAGUGCAAAACUUGAUACCAGCCACAGUGUGAGUGAAAGAGCAGGCACACAAGAUUCCCAGGCUUAUUUACUAGAUGUUGUUGACAACUGUUAAAGCUGUGCUUGUCCCCUCUGCCUAAAAAACAUGCUGCCACUCUGGUUCCAGGCCAUAGAAAGAGGACUUGAAUGGUGCUGCUUGCUGAGCAUCCCUGCCUCUUCAUACAGAAGUGAUGGUUAACUUGCCAACUCUUGUGGGGAUAGUGUUCCUCAAGUGAAUUCAUCUCCUUUUCUCACUACCUGGUAGUGCUGCUAAGGGGGAAUAUUUCCAAAAUACAACUCAGGUAUGAGGUUGUCCAGAAGUGAGGGAAGUAGAGAGUACAGAAAAAGAUUAAAGGGAAAAACAUUCCUUAAGGAGUCUUUUUUAAUGGGGAAUGUCAUCAAAACAUAAUAGAAAUACCAUGGUCAAACCAAAUCCUGUAGGACAUGACCAAUGCUCUUUAAAUCUUCACUCUUCUGGAGAGGGACUUUGCAGUUCAGCACUGGUAUCAUGGAAUGUCUUCAUCACAUUUAUCCUCCUGGGUCAGUCUCUGUGCCUUCCAGCCAGGCUGCACACCUCAGCCUUUCCCACAGCCCUUGCUCAGGAGCUCAGAGCAUUUCAGAGUGCCUGCUAGAGCAACAAGCCAUCCCUUCACCUGGGCCAGCCACUGAGGGCUGAACACCCCACAGGUCUGCAUCAUGCUGCCAUCAUAGAAUCAUGCCAUCAUCCAGGUUCAAAAACACCCUUAAGAUCACCGAGUCCAGCUAUAGCCAAGCACUGUCCUGUUCAGUCUAGGAUAGAACGAGGCUUGCUGUUACUCUUAUCUCUCAGGGUUAACACCUUUCCUCUGAGGGACAGACUUAGUGGACUUGGCAGUGCUGGAUUAACAGUUGGAUUCUAUGAUCUUAAAGGUCUUUUCCAACCUGAGGGGUUGUAUGACACCCACUGUCCCAUGGCACCAUUACCAAGUCCUUUUAUUGCCCCUGUUGCUGGUUUUUGCCUGCCAUGUGCCCUGAGACAUUCCCCAGCCCUCCAACUGCCUUCAGCCCUUUGCAUUUUGUGAUGUGCAUCUGCUUCUAGCACAGCCCUUUAGGGAGGGAGGGAGAUUAAUUCAGAUGUUCCACUUGGUGCUUCCUCCAAAUACAAACCGAAGCACAACUCAAGCAUUUUUGCCUGUGCACAGAAGGAGUUGGUUGUAGAAAUAGUUGGUUUGGCAUGACAGUACAGGACCAUAAAAUGGCAAUUUUUUGGCUUCUCCUCUCUAUGCUUUGUGUUCAUAUAUUUUAUUAGGGGAAUAAUGUAGAAAGGGUGGGGAAAAGUAGUUACCUGUGUAGGGUUGUUAUCAGAGAGGCUGAGUGGCUUAAGGCAAUGCACAUGUGGCUGUCAUAGAAAACUGAACACUAACCCUUCUGAACUGCAGCCCCUUCAGCAGAUUAUGACCAUACAGCAUGUUUGUUGGCUCAUUAUGGAAUAUUGAGGACUGCCCAUUGGUAGGUAUCAACCACAGAUAUCAAUCCCCCUGUCUGGCCUCACAUUCAGACCUUUGCUUUAGCCAGCAGGUUUUCCAAAUGCCCUCAGAGUCACAGAAUAGGUAAGGCUGGAAGGGGCCACAGUGGGGUCAUCUGAUCCAGCCUCUCUGCUCAAGCAAACCUUGUUGGAUUUUAUGCUGAGGUGAUUUCCUGGGAAGGUGUGGUGAUAGAUGGCUGUCCUGGCGCUGCUAUCCUUAGACCAGUCUCUGCUAUCAGGGCCAGAAAAAGGCAGAAGGCAAGAGCACAGACUCUGUGACAACAUUUCUACAAAAUCUACAGAGCUGCUGGGUGCUCUCCUAAAUGCAGAUGGCAUGCAAGAAAGAAAAUUGUUCCUUUCUCCAGUCUUUGCACCAAACAAGAUGGCCCUCUCAGGCCACAUUUUCAAUCCAAAGUUGUACAGAAAACCAAGGGGAGGAACACCAUGGAGUAUGAAAUGCUGCAUUGCUGUCUAUCUAAAUUACCAUGCAAACAGCACUCUGUUCCAUCUCUCUUGUCUGCAAACACCACAUUUCCAGAUGUCUUUGGGAGGAGGAACCUCCUCCUAGUCUUGAGGAAGGUCUAUAGAUAGUGUGUUCAUGUGUUUGUACAUAAACCUCAGCUGAAAGGAGGCUGAUGCCCAUUCUGAAGGCUCAUUUGAUAUCUUACCAGACACAUCUUGAAGUAAGCCCUUGGAAGAGCCACUGGUUGAUAUCUGACAUUGCUGCAUGUCUGUCCCUAACAUGUGUGCUUGGCCAUUGGAUCUGCUGUGCUCUCCUGGCUGUCCUGCCUGCAAAUGCCUUGCAACUGCAAAACCAGGUGACCAUUCCUGCUGCAUGGACAUUGAGAGGAACUUCAGGACAGCUUCCCCCACAGACAAGAGAGACUCAGCUCCUUCUGGUUUGUUUCACCAGCUCUUGUCCCAAAGGAGGCACCCACUGUGUUCAGUGAUUCACUGGCUGACACACAGGUCUGCAAUCCUGAGCAGGAUCCUUCCCUUUCCAUGCACAGUCUGAUCCUGGGCUGGCCUGCAGGCUGUGCAGGAGAAUGCAGGAGGCUUGAAAAAUGCAGUGCCCUGUGUGUGACUCAACAGAAACAUGAAGAUGCUUUUGAAGAAAGGAAGGACCCAGCUGGGCAACAGAUGGAAGACCAGAAAAGGAAAACAAGCAAUAACUGGAAAGAUUGCCAAGUGCUGUUGUGGCCUUGGGCAGAUCCCAGUUGUCCGAGUUGAUCUGUCUCAGUGCAGUGCUGAUGCCAGCAGGGAGCAAAGCUUGCUUUCAGAUGUACACACCAGAAACAUCCUGUCCCUGAGCUGGCACUGCAGCCAGCUACAGCCCUGGUGGGUCUGCUGGACUCUUAAAGCACAGAAAAAUGAGAUCUUAGGUCUUUGCUGCUGUACGUUUUUGCUCUAACCUCGGGCAAGUCACAUCCCAUCUUGAUGUCAAUUCCCUUCUGGGGCACAUGGGAGAAACCUGCCUUCCCAAAGUGCUGCCACCAUCCUGCAUGGAUACUGUCAAGUGUGAGAGGCACCAUUGAUAGGACAGUUCUGCAAGAAGGAUGUAAAUAUAAUGCUUUAGAAAUUUAAUUCCUGUUUUCAAAGUACUACUCUGCUUUCCCUCUCUUUACCAUCUUCUGAUGUUCCUCACGCAUGCCAGAAUGCAGCAGGGUCGAGGUUAGUACAAAGGUUAAACAUCUUUGGAGAAAGAUGUUUGUCAAGGAUGUGUUAUCCAGUUACUUGGCAGCUGACUCUUGCACAGCUGGCUUCUGAGUUUGCCUGCUCCCAGAGGGAACAUGUACAAAGAUGUGAUGACCCAACAGCACCAUCCACUGAUAGCAGAAUUAAGGAAUUUAGGAGUACAGCUUGGGAUGGCAAGUAGUCACAAAGGAGAACAGAGGAUUGAAAUGCUCAUUUUUGGGAUAUUCCUAUGGCAGUUUCAUGCUCCUGCUUUUAGCAACCAUAUGAUUAUCUUAGCCUUUAGACUGGUGGUUCUGUCUGGGCUCAUCCUUUGCUUUUCGAUUCUCACUUCACACCCACAUGGGGUACUGCCACUCUUACCUAGAAUGCCGUAGGCUUUGGCACCUGGCUGCUGCUUAGCUCAGCAAGCUUGGGCUGCAUGAUCAAAAGCAACGUCUGCAUAGAGGAGCAGUGCCACAGGGCUAGCUGGGAAGGCAUGGAAAGGUCUUCAUUUUAAGCUGCUUUUCACCUCUAGGCAUACUUGUCUAUUCCUUUCAAGACUCAGCUGUGAGAGGGAUUGCUCCAAACUGCACCUCAUCAGAAAAACCCACCUUUGUUACAGAACCACACAAGACCUGAAGCAGAAGGGCCAGGAAUUUAGCAUAAAGAGAGAUUUUGUGGCUGGGAUUAUCUGCAGGAGGUCAGUGGAGGUUUCUCAUAGGGGUUGUGGUCCAUAUUUUAACUUCCUGUAUUAUGCAGCUGAGCUGCUGCAUUGCUUCCCAAAAAUUACAGCUAAUUCCCUUCCUUUGCCCCACUUGACAUUGUUGGCAGUCCCAGGAUGACAGCAGCUGAACACUGCCUGUCUGAGCACAUCUUUGACAGCUUGCUGGGGAGGCAGAGGCUGGGACUGACUGAGAUCACACAGAGCACAGCCCCAUGGCCCACGCAAGCAUGCAGCAAACCAUGUCACAGAGCAGGUUGCAGCUUUCCCUGGUGCUUACUUGAAAGCAGUAGGCACCAGGAAAAGGCCACUGGAAGGCCAUCCUAUGUCUCAUUGCUACUAAGAUAUUUACCCUCCCAGAGCAGCAUUUCUCCCCUAGCUGCCCAUGCAGUUGUACCAGGUGUGCUCCUGGGAAGCACUGCUCUUCACCCAGGCUGCCUUUCUGCCUUUGCAACCUAAAUAAGUUGCAACUCCAUUUGGUACCCACCUUCCUCAAGCCUCCAUGAUUUGGGAGACACAGUUUGUUGAGAGAUAUAAUAUAGACACAUGGAAAGAGCUGAAAAACUUGGGCAAGCACUCUUCAUGACAGAUCUUCAUGUCCACCCCCAGUUCACACAUUUGUUUGUUCCAUUUCUUUGCAUGGAGAAGCUGCAGUAGCAGCUGUGUUCAACUUGUGGCUGCCUCUGUCCCAAGACAAACCCCAAGCAAAAGUCAGGCCAGCUGUAGGUCCAUGAACAGAUGGGGUGAGAAUCAGACAGGAGGCUGGGAUUUCUCUUCACCCACAUGAAGGCUGUGGGGCUGAGGAUUCACCAGGUUCGUGCAAAACCUGGUGAGAUGCAGCCCACCAAGCCGGAUGCCUUCACCCUCCUGGCCUCAGUGCUAUGGGUCCAGGUCUGUGGUCCCAGACCUGCCAACCCACGUGCUCCUGGUGUGGGCUGGAGUCCUGCAGCAGAGGCCUUAGUGGGGAGCCUGUUGGCUCUGCUUUUGCUGCACUGGGGCAGGGUGCUGUGAGAUACUGGUGGGGCUGUAGUUCUGCCGGGAGAAAGACUCUGGUGGAGGAUGAAGUCUUUGCGGGGGAGACAAUUCAGAAAGUUGGGGUUUUCCCCUCCCCUUUUUGCACUUUUUAAACCCUUUUUACUCCUUCCACAGAGGUUAUUGAGCCUUCAGUUUAAUAAGGGAGAUGAGCUGCCAUUAAAUAAGUUUCUGAAGGGUCUGAAAGCAGGUGCUGGCUCGCGUGCAGAGCUGGUCUGUGCCUGACACGAUUUCCAGACCUCAUUGUCCAACCUGUAGCAGAGUCACCCCAUGAGCUGGGCAAGGACUGGGGUGGUAGGGUCAGCACUGGCCAUCAUGCCAAACAGCCAUGGCUUCCCAAACUGAAGAAGAAUCAGACCAGAAAAUGGGGGAAGGAGCAACCGCAGUAGAAGGAUAGCUAGUUGUCACAAGUAAUCUUCGGUAUCCGUGUCCAGUGGUUAGUCCUAGAAUUGCAAGCCUUGUUAUAUUGCACACACGUCCUCCUUCCACUCCCCUUUUCUCAAAGCAGCCGUCGCCUUUCUUCCCCCUGCCCCAUGCACUAGUGAUGAGCAUCAGAGGCAGUUGCACCAAAGUGAUUCUCAGCCCAGUUCUGCAUCCCCCCUUCUCACCCAAACCCAAGGCAACCCGGACAGUUGUUGGCCUUCACAAGUCUAGUAACUCCAGUUGGGUUUUUUUCCUUGUGUUUCAUGGCUUCCUUCCCAUGCACUCUAGCAGGGCAGUACAGGAGGCUCUGAUCAUGUCCCAGGAAGUUUCUUUGCCCCCAGCAGCACCUUGCAGACAUGCACCUUACUGGGAAUGUACUGGGUCAAUGCUGGUGAGAUCUGGCACUGCCGAUCUUGAAUGGGUGGCAGCUGAUGGGGAUCCACCCAAGGAAGUUGGCAGAAAGUGGCUACUGUCCCUUUUCUUUUCUUUUUUGAGGGAAAGGGGGAUUUUUUUGGCAUUACAAUUAUUGUCCAUCUUCCAGUGGCCAAGUUCUGGGCUGCAUUAAUAAUUGGGGUUCACUGGCUGUCCAGGCAGGUGUGGAGCUCUGCACCAACCUUAAUAGCAAAUGUCAUGGCUGUAGCCAGAGCCUGUGUACAGGAUGGGUUUCUCCCAUGCUGGCAAAGUACUUUCAGCAGGCUCCAGAUGGACACUUCUGGCAGACAGAAAAACAGCACUCCUCCAAGUCCAGAACAAAUCUGCACUUCCAUUUUGUGUCCUCAGCAUGGGAAAAAAAAUCAGCCUGAGCAAAUGCCUUCCUGGUCUCCAUUCCCCGUGUGGUGCCUGGUGCCCCAGGGGAAGGGGUGGUGGGAGGUAUUUCAAGGUCACCAAAAGCAAGAUCCUUUUUGGAUUUAUUUAAUGGAAAUACAUUUCAGGACAGGAGACCUCCCGACCUUUGUGUUAAUCUCAAGAGCAGAUGAAUUUCUGGCUGUCCUUGCAUAUAGUGAAAUAUAGCUGAAACAGCCAAUCACAAAUAGAGUUAAAUGUAGGGUUUGACCUGAAUAACCUUUUAAUUAGGAAGAUAAAUUUGUUGUAGCUUGACCUUAGUCCUUGUUAGGAACCUGCUAAUCAUUUGACAUGCAGAGUGUAUUAAUGCUGCACUUAACUUGGCCAUUGUUUUUUUUUAUCUGGUUUUGGGAGUUUUCUCACUUCCGAAGCAUCAGUCUGCAUCCUGUAUGGGUUUUCUUUUGUUCCCUUUUUUCCCAUUCAGAUCAUGUAGCACACUGUUGUACUUUUGUUCCCGUCUGUGUAGAGUAUUGCCUUAAACAAAUCAGUUGUGUUUUGGUUUGUUUUGGGUUUUCUCUUUUCUACCAUCAGUUUUAUGCAUUAAUUUAUUUUAAAACGUGGGGGUUUUUUUCAAAAACAUGAAAAACGUGUAUAGUAUUUUUUUUUAACAUUUCCAUUGCAGUAUUUAUCAUUGUUACUGGUUGUGUGUAGUGUAACGGAAUUAAUGAUAUUAAAAAGCAUACAUAUGAAAA